AUGGGGAAACACAAAGCAAAGCAGCCGGAACCCCUCGACUUCUCGAUCAACCACGUGAUAGAAGAGGAGGAGAAAGCCGAAGCAAAGAGAAGGGCUGAACGACUCGAGCGAAAAGCAAGGAAACGAUCACAGUUGGAAAGCGCCGUCGAAGCAAACCCAGAAGAUGUUCAACCAAUGGAGAAAACUCACGAGGAGAAUCCACGCACUUUCAACUCCGCUCGUUCACACGCCUCAAAGUUUGCUACCUAUGAUGAGUACAUACACACGAUGGCAAGGAACUCCAAGUGUGGAUUGGUUGCCGUGAAAGAGUGUCGACAUCUGGCUCUACCCUAUCACAUUUUGAAUGGCAAUGGAAUGGCGGGGGUUCGAUACAUUUGCGAUCGAACAAUUGGAAAGUAUCGAAAACCGUUGAAUGGGGUUGUUUUUGCGAUUGGUGAUAUCGAAUUGAUUGGACGACCGAUGGCGAUCGAUGAACAGUCGGGAUUUCAUGCGGAUUUCUUGGUGAGCACGAUUGUCUUCAAGCCAGAAACCUCACCGGACCUUCGAGUCACAGUUCAACACAUUUCCAAGAAGUUCGUCUCUCUAACUUACAUGGGAGCCAUUCAAGUGAAAUCGUUUAUCAGUUUGGAGAAACAAGUGCAAUUGCUUGGUUGCCAUCUGGAAUUGGGUGACGAGGUUUUGGUUCAUGUCACAGCUACUGAAGUGAAAGGUGGCUUGUGCACAUUGGUUGGUCAUGUGAAAAAGAUUCUGGUUAGGAGAACGAACAAAGAUGAUUCGUUUGGAUUUCAAAACGUGAAAGCUCCAGCAAGAAAAUCGCUUAAGUUUCAAGAAGAGUCCGAGAUUCCUGAGAUUGCAGAAACGCCUGCGAUCAAGGGGAAACAAAAACGAGAGUCGAUAAUCGUUUCAGAAGCGUCACCUGAGAUUGAAUUUGUUUGUGAGACUCCAAAGUCAAAAAGGGUUUCGGUGGCUUCACUUGUAGAAACGUUUUCUGUUGACAGCGAAAAAGCUGAGAGAAGAAAAGCAAAAAAGGCUCAACGAGAAGAACAAUCAAAUGGAUUGCCGAUUUCACGUGAAGAAAUUCCCACAAACGGACGAUCUGACGAAUUCGUUGAUAUCACGGAUCGAAAGAGAAAACGAGACCGGGUAUAUGAAGCGCCUCCGGUCGAAGAAACCCCCGAACCCGUACCAAAAAAGAAGUCGAAACGAGAAAAA